CGCAAGUGAGUCGAAUGUCGAUGCGCGAGAUACGAUUGAAUACCGCAACGGCUGCCACGGCACGCGUAUAAAGACGGUACAUAUCGUCGUUCCACGCACCUUUGAAACAUGGCCCCCUCCGAACAGAAAGCGCUCAUCAUCUCGUCCAAGGGCGGCGAAUUCGCCGUCGGGAACGCGACCGUCCCCUCUCCUGGCGCUGGCGAAGUCCUCGCGAGGGUGGACGCUACGGCGCUCAACCCGAUAGACUGGAAGGUUCAGCGCGGCGGAUAUGAGGAUCUCAUCCAGUACCCGGGAAUCUUGGGGUCGGACGCUGCUGGCGUCGUCGAGGAAGUAGGAGAGAGCGUCACCACCUUACAGAAGGGCGAUAAGAUUGUCUGGCAAGGCAUGUUCAAGAACGACCGCGCGACGUUUCAGCAGUACACGGUCGUUUCCGCCGACCUCGCUGCGAAGAUACCCCCGAACGUGACCGUCGACGAGGCCGCCACGAUUCCUCUCGGGCUCGCGACCGCCUUCCUCGCGCUUUACAAUACGAAACGGGUCGGACAGGCCGGCGGCGCAGAGCUCACGCCUUUCUGGAAGUCGUCCUCCGCCUACGCCGGCCAGCCGUUCGUCUUGCUGGGCGGCGCCACGUCCGUCGGCCAGUUCGUCAUCCAGCUCGCCCGCCUUUCCGGCUUCUCCCCGAUCAUCGCCACGGCGUCCGCGAAGCACGCGGACUACCUCGAAUCCCUCGGCGCCACGCACGUCCUCUCGCGCUCGUUGCCGGCCGACGCGCUCGCGUCCGAGAUCGCCGAUAUCGCGCUGCACCCGGUCAAGAUCGUGUACGACGCGGUCGGCGUCGCCGAGACGCAGAAGACGGCGUGGUCGCUCCUCGCGCCCGGCGGGCGGUUGAUUCUGGUCUUGCCCGCGGCCGAGGGCAUCGUCCACGGCGUGGAGAACAAGGAACUCGUGCAGGUGUUCGGGAACGUGAAUUACCCCGGGCAGGACGAAGUGGGGCGUGAACUGUACGCGCACCUUGGUCGGUGGCUGCAGGACGGAGCGAUCAGGCCAAAUCGCGUGCAAGUGCUCCCGAACGGCCUUGCGGGUAUACCGGACGGGUUGGAGCUGCUGCGCCAGGAGAAGGUCAGCGGCGUGAAGCUGGUCGCCUAUCCCCAUGAGACGCCAUGA